AUGGACAUUGUAGGACCUCUAAAGAAGAGCAAGAGGGGAAAUGAAUACAUUUUAGUAGUGUGUGACUAUGCAACUUGCUAUCCAGAGGCAUUCCCUUUGAAGAACAUUGAUGCGGAGACAGUAGCAGAGAAACUGGUGGAGAUGUGUCAAGAGUGGGAAGUACCACAGGAAUCAACAGGAUUCUCACCUUUUGAGCUCCUGUAUGGAAGAGCUGUUCGUGGACUGUUGGAUGUCCUGAAAGAGAGCUGGGAAGGCAAAGAGCAUUGUUCAGAGAAUAUUGUCACUUACAUCACAGAAAUGAGGAGACACCUAGAAGAGACAGUGGAGGUGGUCAAAGAGAACAUGAAGAAAUCACAAGGAAGGCAAAAGAUGUGGUAUGACCGUAGAGCAAGAAACAAAGUGUUUAAAGAGGGUGAUAAGGUUUUAGUUCUACUUCCAUCAAGCACACACAAACUAACUGCAGAAUGGCAAGGUCCAUAUAGAGUCAAGCGUCGAGAAGAAAGACCACUAAGACUUUCCAUGUAA